CAGCAAUGGCUAUCCUGGUUGUUUGGCCGUCACAGCGAUACCAACGAUACAGACAAGUGCAAAGAGUGUGCUUCAUCUGUAAAGUCUGACGUCAAGAAUGGACAAAACAACUUUUCAAAAUCAGCUGAACAAAGUGAUCAGUGUGUGUACAGGAUUUCUGUGACGACGAUGGACAGGAAAGGCGCAGGGACUGAUUCCAGUGUAAUAUGUGUCCUGUUAAACGAUGCCGGCCAAUCGUCCAAUCAGAUUGUUUUAGAUGCAUUUCUGAAAAAUGAUUUUGAAAGAGGCAAGACGGAUGAAUUUCAGAUAACUUCCAGUUUUCUAGAACAAGUAGACACGAUAGAAGUAUGGCAAGAGUAUGAGCCGUUCUCGACAAAUGAAUGGUUUGUAGAAGUUAUAAAGGUGUUCUGCGAGCCAUCUAACAAGACGUUUGUGUUCCCGUUUCUACGUUGGAUAAAGGGGAAUUGUCAUUAUAAGAUUCGCCAUCUUGACACGUCACUUCCGAAAGACGACCCUAACAAGGAACAGCGUCGUAUGGAGCUAAAUAAAGAAAAAGAGAAUUACCAAAUGGAGGUCAAGAUUCCAGGGCUUCCGGCAAAAGAGGUUACAGAGGACGAGAAAUUCUCCUUUGAUUACCAGUUUGAUAUAGUGAGGCUGUCUGCAGAACUGACUGUUAAGAGCAAGAUUGUACAUAUGACCACUGGACGAUGGGAGGACUUUGAUGACAUCUCAAACAUCUAUGUAGAGGAAAUCUUUACCAAACCAUCCCCUCUGGUGAAGAAAAUCUGGGACACUGAUGAACAUUUUGGGUUUCAAAGACUUGGUCGACUCAACAACACGCUGAUCACACUCUGUACCGAGAUCCCAAGCAAACUGGCAGUCACCGACGAGAUGUUGCUACCAUUCCUGGAAGGUGAAACGGUACAAGAUGUGAUAGCCCAGAAGAAACUUUUCUAUGUCGAUUUGGAAUUACAAGACGGAAUCCCAACCAGACCAGAAUACAAGGUGUGUGCUCCAAUCGCCUUAUUCUAUCACAACGACCAAGAAGCGAGCCUGGUCCCAAUAGCGAUUCAACUGAAACAACAACCAGCUGAUGACAACCCAGUUUUCCUACCCUCCGACCCGCCCUAUACGUGGCUUUUCGCCAAGAUGUGGUACAACAAUGCAGAUACAUGUUACCAUCAGGCCAUCACACAUCUAGGUUUCACCCACUUGUUGAUGGAGGGGUGUGUACUCGCCACACAUAGAAACCUGUCUCACUCCCAUCCUAUAUUCAAACUGCUGGCGCCCCACUUCAUCUACCUCGUGGCAAUCAACGGAUUUGCACUUGAGACGUUAAUUAAACCGGGAGGGUCUGUGGAUAAGUUCAUGGCUGCGGGAACUGUUGGCGUGUUCGAACUCAUCAAACGAAAGCUGGCGGUGUGGCGGAUGGACGAGGACGGGACCCUACCCGUAGAACUGGAGAAGAGAGGGGUGCUGGACGACAAUGUACUGAUAGGGUACCACUACAGAGAGGAUGCUCUACCACUGUACGACGCCAUAAAACACUUCGUCACCAAAUAUGUCGGUCUCUAUUACGACAACUCAGAAACCUAUGUUGGGGACCACGAGAUCCAGGCCUGGGCCCAGGAGUUAGUCAAACCUCGUUCACAGGGAGGAUGUGGUCUUCUGGGCGUUCCUGGUGAUGGCAGUAUUACCAAUGAAUCUGACCUUGCAGUAAUAUUGACCAGCAUCAUAUUCACGGUCAGUGUGGGGCAUGCCGCGGCCAACUUUGCUCAGUACGACGAGUAUGGAUUUCCUCCCAAUUACCCAACUUUGAUAGAGGGCACACCCCCUGUUGACAAGACUCCUCUGACGGAAGCCUCAAUCAUAGAUGCUCUGCCUGAUAAGAGUACCACUUUUGAUGUGAUGACCAUUUUCAAAGUUCUCAGUGGCAUGGGGACAAACAAACUGGGGGAUUAUGAAGUCAAAUACGUGUAUGAUCCCAAAGCGGAGGCGGUCUUAGAGGAAUUCCGAAAGGAGCUUGAAGAUCUCAGCAACAGAGUGGAAUCACUAGAAAGAUUUAGAAAGGUUUCCUAUCCCUGGCUCAAUCCCGAUAUAAUUCCUAACUCUAUCAGCAUAUGAUCUACUUUGUCAUAUAGCUGCAUUCAAUUUCAUUUUACAUUUCAUUUACUCGAUAAAAGGUUAAACUAAUAUCGUAUGUACAUAGACAGGAAACUCCAUAGAGCUAUU